GAUUCCUCGAUUAGCUUCGAUCCUUCUCUCAGACCUAUACUUCCAAUUUCGUCUCUGUCAAGUUUCUCUACUCCUCACGGAUCUUGGAUUCGAAAGUUCUUUGCUCUAUUUUCUCUAUUCAGUGUGAGAUAGAUUUCUCAAAUCCCUCGACCGUGUUUUCUUCUUCUGAUUCGACAAGGUUUGGGUCCUGUGCUCUGCAGCUGUUGAGAUCCAUGUUCAUUUGGGUGCAAUGGAUCCCGCUCUGAAUCAGUCCAACCAAACGGUAGAAGAAGAUGAGUGGGAUACAGAAGGAUUUGUGAUACCAAGCUUGACUGUUGGAGACUCGGGACUUAGUAAUUGGGAUGAGCCAAUUUUAAAAGAUCUCAAGCCUCCUACAAAGAGUGUGAAGGAAGAGGAAAAGAUCUACCUAGGACCUCACGGUGCUCCUCCUGCUCAAGCCAAGCAGCAAGAUCUGAAUGCAGCUGGGCGCAAGCAAAGGCUCAAACAGAAACUGAAGGAAGCUGAUCAUAAAUAUUCUGGGACAGGCCGAGAGAACAAAGUGGAAACUAUCCGGGAGCUUGUGGGUGGUAAGGUAAGGAGCAAAACCAUGCCAAAGAACUCUCCACGUGAAUGGCUCGACCCACAUUGCCAUGAGUCUCAUUUUGAGAGGUAUUCCCAUUGAGUGUUUAGUUCUGAGGAUUGAUUGAAUAUUUUGGAACAUCUGCUCCUAUAAGCUGCUAAAUUAUAUGUUGAACGGCAUGUAUUUCUGCCAUGAAACCUGGAUAUUUUCUAAGCGUUCUGGCUGCUGUUACUUCAUUAAUGUUUUCAAGACUUUGAACUUAUAUAGUUUCUGGUUUCCUCU